UCCUGGAGCGUCGGAGAAAGAAUCACUUCCUGUGUUUAGGGUUCCGGUGUGAUUUUCGAAAGUAGGUAAUACUUUCUGCUUGUGAGGCUUGUUGGCGGGAAGGCGACGAACCUUAAAGGGGAAAUUGAAACACCGCAAAGAUGUCGUCCACGUCACAGAAACACAGAGAUUUUGUUGCUGAGCCCAUGGGAGAAAAGUCUGUGCGGUGUCUAGCCGGUAUUGGUGAAGCACUUGGACAAAGGCUCGAGGAUAGUGGAUUUGACAAGGCAUAUGUGGUCCUGGGUCAAUUUCUGGUGUUAAAGAAGGAUGAAGAGCUCUUCAAGGAAUGGCUGAAGGACACCUGCUCUGCAAAUGCGAAGCAGUCCCGCGAUUGUUAUGGUUGUUUAAAAGAAUGGUGCGAUGCCUUCUUGUAAGGCGGGAGUUUUUCCAGUUCUAAUGCCUCCCAAACCCUGCCUUUAGAAAAAAAAAAACUGUUCCAUUAUACAGUUUCUGACCAUGUGAUUGGCUUAACCUUGUUUGCUCUCAAUUGGAAGGCAUUGGGACAAAGUCUAAAAGUGUUUUUUUUUUUCUUUGAUUGAAAAAGUUUCAGU